AUGACAGAGUUCAGAGACUGUCUCACCCAGUUGGGAGUGUUUGACUUGCGAUACCAAGGACCACUCCAUACAUGGACCAACAACCAGCCUGACUCUCCGGUGGCAAAGAAACUAGACCGCCUACUUGUCAAUAGCCACCUAAUCAACCUAUUCCCUAACAGUAUAGCUAACUUCCUUCCUCCCCUCACCUCUGAUCACACCCCUUGCCUCAUUGACCUGGCUCAUACCCUUCCCAAAGCCGGCACCCGUCCCUUCAAAUUCUUUAACUACCUCUCCAAACACCCUGACUUUCAACAUGUGGUAUCGGACGCUUGGAUUCAGGCCGGAAGAUUUGGUUCCACGCUCUCUCAACUAUGCUGGAAACAAAAGACCAUUAAGAGAUCAUUGAGAGAACUAAAUAGAGAGAAUUUUUCACAAAUACAAAAGAGGGUUAGUGAGGCUAACUGUUUGUUACAAGCUGUGCAGGUACAAGCACUCAAAUCACCGUCCCAACUACUCUUUGACCAGGAGAAGACGCUUCAUGAGAGAUGGAACUUCCUUAGACAAAUUGAGGAAAGUUACUUCAAACAAAAAUCAAGAAUCAACUGGCUCAAAGAAGGUGAUCAGAAUACCACUUACUUUCAAAGAAUAGCUCAAACCAGAGUCAGCUAUAACUCCAUCAGAUCCUUCUUGUUACCAAAUGGUCACAUUCUAGAGGACCCUCUGGAAAUGAGCCACCAUGCCAUCAACCACUUCAGAUCGAUAAUGGGACCUUCGAUUCUGCCUCCGCCAACGCUUGCCUCGCCUCCGAGUUGGUUUGUGUCCCUUAUCCCAUUCAGAUGCUCUCCUGAUCAACAACGAGCCAUGGUCACUCUUCCUCAAGCAGAAGAUAUAAAAAGGGUUAUGUUUCGAUUGAAUCCAAACAAGUCCUCAGGCCCGGACGGACUUACCUCAGGAUUCUAUAAGGCGGCUUGGGGAAUUAUUGGAGAGGAAGUCAUUGCUUCAAUAAAAAAUUUCUUCAUAACCGCCUUUAUGCUGACUUCAACGAACUCCACCAUCCUUACGCUUGUUCCCAAGUUCCCUGGAGCCUCCAAGAUCUCAGACUAUAGGCCCAUCUCUUGCCUCAAUACCCUCUACAAAGUGGUUUCCAAACUGUUGGUAGCUCGCUUGAAGCCUCUCCUCCCAUCUCUAAUCCUUCCCAACCAAACUGCCUUCAUCAAAGACAGACUAUUAGCAGAGAAUACGGUACUGACAGGCGAAAUAGUGAAUGGCUAUCACAAAGACAAAGGCCCCAAAAAGGUAACUAUCAAAGUAGACAUUGCCAAAGCUUUUGACAGUGUCUCAUGGGAUUUCCUAUUCAACUGCCUAGAAAGUCUAGAUAUCCCUGACCUAUACCUACACUGGCUAAAAUCUUGUAUCCGUACAACUAGCUUCACAGUGGGCUAUAACGGUAUGGUCCAUGGCUACUUCAAAGGAAAACGAGGGCUGAGACAAGGGGACCCUCUCUCUCCCUACCUAUUCGUUAUAGCAAUGAACUGUUUGUCUCUCAUGCUAAACAAGGCAGCGAAUGAAGGAAAAUUCAGAUACCAUGACAAGUGUGAGGCAUCGAGAUUGACUCACCUUUGCUUUGCCGACGAUCUUCUCAUCUUUGUGGAGGGAACGCUGGAGUCGGUGCAGAACGUCCUACAAGUCCUCCAAGAGUUUCAUCUUCGCUCAGGCCUAGCCGUGAGUGUGCAGAAGUCCAGUUUCUUUGCCUCCGGUCUAAGCCAACAGGAAUGUGACAUCAUCAAGUUCUCAACGGGAAUGCCCCAGGGAUCAUUGCCAGUCAGAUACUUAGGAGUCCCACUAUGCACAAAAAAGCUGAGCCUUGUCAACUGUGAAGUCUUGAUACAACAGGUUAAGUCAAAAGUUACCUCCUGGAGUGCAAGAUCUCUCUCUUUUGCAGGCCGCCUGGUUCUCAUUAAGACGGUGAUAGCGGGAAUCUCGAACUUUUGGUGCUCCACAUUCAUACUCCCCAAAGCGAGCAUCAAGAGAAUAAAUUCCAUUUGCAGCGCUUAUCUGUGGAAAGGAAACAUUGAAGGCCAUCAUUCAGCAAGAGUCUCGUGGGCCACGGUCACACAAUCCAAAGACUCAGGAGGGCUUGGGAUAAGGGAUCUUACCAUCUGGAACAGAGCUUGCUGCCUCAAACUGAUAUGGCUGAUAUUCUUUCAGUCCGGCUCUGUAUGGGUGGCGUGGUACAGAACAGAAGUCCUGCAAGGGAAUGUGAGCAAUUUUUGGACUGUGAAGCCGCAUAGAGACAACUCUUGGCUCGCGAAUAAGCUGAUAAAGAUAAGAGAAGACAUCUACCCUUGGAUCAAGCUGAAAAUUGGCAAUGGGCGAAGCAGUAGGUUCUGGUCUGAUAACUGGUCCCCUUUUGGAAACAUCCGGAACUAUCUGAGAGAGAAUGGAAGAACUAGAUUUGGAAUACCGGAGCAAGCGACGGUGGCAAGCUUAUUCCGUGAAGAUCGCUGGUUAUUACCUAGAGCUAGAUCAGAAAAUCAGGUCAGUUUGCAUAUUCACCUCACAACUGUGGUCUUUAACGACCAAGAGGAUGAAUAUGAAUGGGACAUGGAUGGGAAGAUCUCGACAAAGUACAAAACAGGAGAGGUGUAUAAGAAGCUUAUUGUAGAGGCUCCAGUCGUGCCUUGGGCAAAGGUGGUGUGGAACUUGGGAGGAAUCCCGAAGCACAACUUCCUUGCAUGGCUGUUUGUCCUCAAUCAUUGUCCUACUAGGGAUCGAAUCACGGGAUGGGGGCUCCAAACGGAUCUCAACUGCCUCCUGUGUAAUGGAGGACAGGAGACGAGGGACCACCUGCUAUUUGAUUGUCGCUUUAGCUGGUCGGUGUGGAGUAGAACGGCGAGAAGAUGCAAUAUCCAACCGAGACACGGAUGGUUGAACUCGGUGGAACAAAUGCAAUCGUUGGCGGGAGGGAAACUGUGGAAUAGGCUGACGGCUCUAGCGUGGCAGGCGACAAUAUACUGGCUUUGGCAUGAAAGGAAUGGGAGACUCCACAGGCAGAUCUUCAUGUCGGAGGACUCACUAAUCAGUCAGAUUGAUAGGCAGGUAAAGAACAGGAUCGCAAGUUACAGAGAAGGAAACACGGUCCUGGCUUCAAAAUUGCUGCAACUCUGGUUGUCGACGGAGACAACGAGAUGA